GACGGCAUUUCGUGUAGGGAUGUAACUGUGUUAAUAAAAGCGCAUAUAGGCUGUUUAUAAAAACGAAAAUAUACAGCAAAAUUUGCCUUUUGCAUUAUAGAAACAGUUCUUUGUAGAACAAUAAAGGUGGCGAUGCAGAUCAAAACUUUCAGCGCUAUUUUGAUCGUGUUGAAGUUCGUCAUUAAUUCUGAUGCAGGUUUCCUGCUACACGGAUCUGCUGGUCCUCUAACAGCCCGGCUGGGAGGAGCUGUUCUGCUGCCCUGCUUUGUGGACAGACCCCUGCCUUUGGAGGAGCUGGAGGUGGACUGGAGAAGGACUGAUUCAGACACCAUCGUGCACCUAUUCCAGGGGGGUCUGAGCAGACCUGAAUCACAGGGAGACGCAUACAAGGGCAGAGCCCACUUCUUCCCUCAGGAAAUCGCCAAAGGCAACUUCUCUCUGCUGCUUGAGGGUGUGAGGACUGCAGAUGCUGGAGAGUACAAGUGUGUGGUUUAUACAGAGCAGGAGAACCAUGAAACACGGGUGGACAUACGGGAAGUAGAGCGGUUGGUGGUGACGGGUGCAGAUGAGCCUGUCUAUGCACAUGCUGGAGAGGAUGUGACUCUCAGCUGCUCUCUGGACACCCAUGUUAAUGUGACAGAGCUUCAGGUGAAAUGGAUAAAGACCGACGAUGACAGUGAGAUAUUGGUGCUUCUGUUCGCUGAUGGAGAGAACAGACCAGAGUCACAGAAUCGGAGAUACUCUGGAAGAGCUGAAUUCUUCACAGAGGAAAUUCCCAAAGGAAACUUCUCAAUGAAACUGAGGAAAGUCAGGACUGAAGACAAAGGAGAGUUCAGGUGUGAAGUCCACUCAGAUACUGAUUCUGCAAGUACAACUGCCAGGAUAGCAGCACUGGGUUAUUCAUCCCUGCAUUGGCUGAUUCUGGGGCUGUGCAUCGCUGUCACACCUGUAGUCCUACUUACUGGUGCUUUAUCUGUCAGGUAUUUAAGAAGGGAAGAUAAAAGCAAACAGGCUCUGCUGAGUCACUGCUCACAUGUCACAGUCCCACCAAUCAUGGUUUCUGCAGCCUUCAUCCUGUGGGGUGUAACUGAAGGAUCCACAGAAGAGGCUGUUACUUGUCCUGCCAUCAGUCUGAUGAAUAUCCUGCUGCUGUUUCUUAUGGCUCCAUAUCAGAAAUCAUUCACAGCUACGUGGCAGAAUAUUCUACUCAACACUCUGACAGCUGCAUUUCCCAUCGUUAUGGUUUGUGUCCUAACAGGUUCUUUCAUUGAGUUCUCAGCAAAAUAUUCCCCAACUCCAGCUGAGAAAGCAACAUUUAGAGGAAUGUCUGGUGGAAUCAUAUUUAUUUUCAUCUUUUUUGUUAUAUUCCGAGUUGUCGACUUUGUGGUUUGGACAAAAUAUUCCAAAGACAGAGAAAAAAGAGAUAAAAUACUUGCCAUCAUAGCAGGAAUAACUGGAGUUACAUUUCUGGUCAUCAUGGCUUCAUCCAUCAUUGCUGUCGGUGGUUAUCUGGCAAAAUACUCAGCUCUAGCUUGGAAAGAACAACUUGCAACAUUUUCCACUUUAUUAAUGUUGCCAGUCAUCAUGGUUUUAUUCCCAUUUGGCCUCGGUCUGUUUCGAAUAAUACGCUCCCGAAGGUUGGGAAGAACAGGACGACUUAGAGACAUUUUUGUAAUCAUGGGUUAUUUCCUGUAUGAUCCUGUACUGUUUAACAUGCUGUUCCUUGUUAUUUAUUCCCAACUGUUUGCCUGGGUUAAUAACACAUUUAAAUUAGAAUAUACAAUUCCGAUUACAGUGGCUGCUUUGGCAAUAUGUGUCUGCAUCAUUAUUAAAGAUUAUUUAUUGUAUCAUGAAGAAAAGCGCUUGGAGGGAUUUUACUAUUUUGUUCAGAAAAUCCUUUUGGGGAUUUUCUUCAUGUUUCACCUAAUAAUAAGUUUCCUGUAUCUAAGUGUAAUUCUUGAAAAUGACAAAGGACGACCAGUAAAGAUCUGCGAGUUUGUGUUUGUCUACAUUCUGAGUGUCACAACACUCUUUGUAUUCUGGGAGCGGGGACAUUUACUUGCCAAACCCCGUAAAUAUGUAUAUUUCUCAGGGGCUUUUGGUGUCCCUCUCGUGAAUUCUGUUUCCCUGGCUGUAGUAUUAAUACUCAAAGCAGACACAGGAAAACAGUCACUGGACCUGCGGCUGAUUGUCCUGAUUUCUGGGUCUGUCUUCCUCUUUAGCUGGUUUGUUAUGCAGGUGUCUGCAUAUUGGUUGGAUAAAAAAGAAAAAAUAAAAGAAGAGAUGGGCUUGAUUCAGAGACGGCAAGAUACUGAGCUGGACCAGAGAUCACAUGACAGUCACAAGACUGAGGCGUCAUCAUCCACUGAUCCCCAAGAACUGAAGGCAGAAGAGGGAUCACAUGACAAUGAGGAGACUGAAGCAUUGUCCCCCCCUGAUCACAAUGGACCAAACACAGAGGAGGGAUCACAUGACAAUCAGGCAUCAUCAAUCAGGCAUGAUCACAAUGAACCAAACCCAGAGGAUGUAUUACUGGGGGAGAAGAACACAGAAGCCUGAAGGAUCUAUAGAGUUUAAUUUUAUGUGUUUUGCCUGCAGUCCCAAGUUUACCAGGUCCAACUGGAUCAACAAGCUACUCGUGUUAGCAGUCAUCAGAUUAUUGAUGCUCAUUUACAGUUAACUAUCUGAAGAGUUGAUGGACUUUGCUGGGUAGCAGAUAAGCUUUUCUAAGACAAGUAGAUGUUCAUCUGCAGAGCAGCACCCUGGGAAGGACCAUUAUGCUGCAUCUAUAGUCAGUCACCUGAGGAUAAAGUCAGCUGUGUAGAUCAAUACAGGGUCCUUCAUGUCAUCCUGUUUCUUCCAAACUGAACUUUGUAUGUUAUGCUUUUGUUACAAAGAACUUUUCACCAUUUUAUGUGUUUCAGAAUAUCUGCUUAACAAAAAAGCUUGAUGACUUAAUGUGAAGAGACUCUGCUUAGUGAAACAAUGUAUUUGGAAAGUUACAAGUCAAGUAAACUGGUUUCAGGACAUAAUAGAAACCUUCCUGUGUAAAUAGUUGUACAUCAUACUGUAUGAUUAUCUGACUUACCUUUGCAGUGUUGUUUGCAGUAUUGAAAUAUACAGUGUCAUUACCAACAUUCUGAAUAAAUACUCACUGCUCA